CUCACAUGAUGUUGUUUUAUCUCUAAGCUGAUUUCCAGACUCAUCACUAGAAGCCUGCAGCCAGAUUUUGAAGAUUUGAAACUGAACAGGAAACAAAAUGUCUUAUGGAUCUAUUGAUGGUGGUCCUUUUGGCAGCAGAAACCCAUUUGGGGGGCCCACAAGGCUGGGCUAUCAGCCAGUAGCAACGCAGGUGAGCCCCACAGAACUGCAGGAUGUGUUUCAAGAGACCUCCUCAAACAUCUUUCAGAUCAAUGCUAAUGUUGUAGCCCUGGAGAAGAGCCUGCAGUGGCUGGGAACCUCUAGAGACACCCCUGAGCUGCGAGAGACACUGCAUGCCACCCAACAGCAGACCAAUGGGAUAAUCACAAGUACCAGCCAACUUGUCAAGCAGCUCUCAGAAAUCAUCAGUGGCUCACGGCAAGAUCAUUUGCGACUGACCAGGAUAAAAAAUGAGUUCUCUGAAUCUGUCCAGAGAUAUGGAGAUGUACAGAAGAAAAUCGCGGAGAAGUCACGGGCCCUGCUGCCGACGACUCCGAGAGACAAUAGACAGAGCCCCAGGACCCCCCUGACAGAACCUUCUGAGGAUGACAGGAUCUUCACUGAGGGUGAAAUGCAAGGCAGGCAAGAAGAGCAAGCCUUUCUUUCAGAGAUCACAGAAGAAGACAUGGAAGUGUUGAGACAACGAGAGGAGGAGCUCAUUCAGAUUGAGCGAGAUAUGCUGGAUGUGAGCCAGAUAGUGAAGGAUUUGGCUUCUCUGGUGCAUGAGCAAGGGAGUACAAUAGAUAGUAUUGAGGACUACAUCCAGAGCUCUUCUACAAAUGUGGACACUGCUAAUCAGGAGCUGGCCAAGGCUAAUCGUUAUCAGAAACAAGCUCGGAAAAAGAAAUGCUGCCUGAUAGUGGCUGGAAUAGUCGUGUUAACCUUCCUUGUCAUCAUUAUUUCAGUAUCGGUACGAAAAUAAGUUUGAGGCACAAGACUGACAAACGAUUUGACUUGGGAUCAGCAGACCUGUUGCCAUCUCUACCUCCAGAAGGAUGACAUCUGCUUCCUCCUUACCUUUCAUCGCUGUCUUGCUGGACUGUGGUUUAGCCAUGUCUGCACCAAAACUACUGUAAAUAAAAUUAUGCUAUGUAAAUUUUCAAAGCCCACCCUGAGACCGCCAUAUUUUCUGAAUGUGCAAAUUCUUUGCUAGCAUCUGGAGGUGCAGAGGAUGAGAUCUUCAAGGAAAGUAGUCAUCAUUUAAAGGAGGGUCCAGAACAAUAGGUGAACUUUAGUUAUGUACUUAAGCUGAGCACAGAUGUACUUUCUAGAACAGGCUGUAAUUGGCCUACUUAUGCUAAAGGCCAAAGACUUUUGCAGGUAGGAGUAUUUAAUUUGUGGGAAGGCUUUCAUUAGAUCUGGUUAUUUAUGUUAUCUUCCCUUGAUUAUCCAGUUUCUUGGGUCCUCCUAGCUAAUACUCAUGAGCACCUCCUUUAGCUCUCUGAAUUUAUCACAGCCAUGGUUCUGUAUAAGCUUAUUCCAGUGUGUUGGCCAGUAAGGUUACAUUUUAAAAUUUCUGUUAAUGGGGUGGUGGCAAAUCUCUGAAGAAAACAUUUUUUGCCACAGCUUUCCAGUUUUCAGUAUUGUAAGAUUUUCAUGCCUAGUAAUUUACUUGUCAUGUAUCUGGGUAACCGUUCCUUUUGAAACAUUAAAUAUUAUUUUACAGGAUAUGUUUCUUGACUAUUAUCCUACUGGAGGUGCUUUUUACUGGGCAUCAAAAAAUUAGGCUGAUCAUCAGCUUUUUUCCAGUACAUAUAGCAUUCACAUGUUACUCCACCUGUACUGAAUAACCAACAGUGCAGAAAACCUCCUCACCCAACCACACCACUUUAUUAAGCCUGCAGUCAGCCCACAUGGCAGGAUCAGCGAAUUAUUACAAAUUAAAACUGAUUUUUUCCAGCUUAUCCAGAGGAAGUAGUCCUUUUGCCAAAUGACAUCUUACCUGACAAUUGUUUAAACCAGGCAGUGCUCCAUCUUUACUAGAUCACGAGUGAGUUGUUUGUUCUUGCAUGACCCUCUGUGUGCUACUGUUUUACUGUCCUCAUCUGUCAAUCCUUUCCACUCUUUAGAGCAUGGAUAGAAUCUAACAUCAGCCAAAAGUUUCCAGCCACAAAACACUCUAUUAGGAAAAUAUUGCUUAAUCAUUUCAUAGUCAUAGGUUGUAGGCAUUGUCGGUUAAGAAAACCCUACCCAUGCAACCAUGUGCUUCCACUGUUUUGCCUUUUAAAGUCAAUUAUUUAUAUUGUGUCAUGUCAUCAACGGAGGUGGAGCUAAUUGUAUGGAAUGAAAUGUUAUUUUUAAUAAACUAGUAACUCAGUGUGUAGAGUCCAGAAUGCUGUGGGAGGUUGUUAUUAGGGAUGGUGGUGUAGGUUGGGUGGGUAUUGUUGUUAAGGUUAUGUGGGUUACAUGAUGAUACUUGCUUUGAAGAAUUUCAUACAGUUAUAGCUGUAAUUAUUUAAAAUUUUACAGAAAGGAAGUCGGUUGUUAUAUAAAUUUAGGUCAUCAAAAAAUGGAAGGAGAGAUACAAGGAAAUUCUGCAGAAAAAGAUCAAGUUCAGACACCAGAAAAUGGCACCCUAAAGAUGAUAAUAUUUUGUGAUGACCAAAGAGGUGUCAGUCGCAUGUGGUUUUGGUUUGUUGUAUUUAAGGGUCUGAAAUGCCAUCAGAUUAAAAUGGACUGCUUUGAGCCAUCUAAGCUUCUUCCUUAUUUAAACCACACAGUAGAUAAAUGCCAUUUGCUGUGUUUUUUGUUUUGCAAGUACAUUAGCCAUCUGGGUAAGUAUACAUUUCUCAUCUUUUGCUCCAUUCCCAAUUGACUACUUAUGUUUAUUCUCAGGUUAGACAUUAUAAAAGAGAUCCACACAGGAUCCUGAACAAAUGAGUACAGCAGCUAAAUAUUUUGCCCUUCUCAAGUGUAUAAACUAAUGAAAGUGUAUAAACUUAUAAACCUCCACCCAAAUGUAGAACAGCAGUAACAGAUGGAGUCACCAUGAAAAAAAAUAGCCUCUCUGUCUGUCCUCCUUUGGGUGUAGUCAGAAAGACUCAUAAUGUGCUAUCAUUCUUCCCAGAAUUCUUGCCAUUCUUCUUCCCAUGUGCACUUGCUUUCUUCUAGUCCCUGUGCUCAGCUUUUCCUAGACAGAAUAGAGCAGACAUUUUUAUAUCAGUUUUUGGUCUUUUUGUGUUUUUAGAUUUACCCUAGAAAAUUUCUCACAACUCCCAAGAAACACAUCCCAUUACCGCAGUAUUUUCAGCUCCCUUACAAAUGGCCCUAUUCUACUUAAAUUGAUUUGACCCACUCAUUUACAUCCGUGGCCAGGCUAGCAUUUUUUAGUGUCUCAUACCACAAGAUACUAGGGCCCCAUUCCAUUCAGGAAACUUUCAGGGCUCCCUUCGGGAUUUUCCAGUAUUUACAGUUCAUAACCUAUUACUUGAUCGUUGGUCUCCACAUAAUAUCAAGCUUCAGCAUAGUUAUGAGGGGUGUUUGAUGGCAAGUGAGCCUACAGUACAUCCGGAAAGUAUUCACAGCGCAUCACUUUUUCCACAUUUUGU